ACUCUUAGCUGCUACACGGCGUAGUAUUUUCGUGUCACUUACAACAGUCAACAAAACAGGCAGACAUUUGAAAGUACUUCAUACCAGACGGUCUUUACUUACACAGUUAUAGGAAGGUCUUUGUAAAUGUUGGGGAGAUUGUUUGAGGAAUAUGAAGAAUGGAUUUGGAUAGAUAUCGUUGAAAUGGAAUCCUUUCAAAAAUUGCCUUGAACUGAGUUUUAAAUUUACUUGUAAUUUGAUUGAUUUAGUUUUUUUGCCAGAGAAAGGAAUCUGGUUUAUUUAUCUCAAACAAAACUACGAAGAUGUGUCCAUUGUAUGGAGUGAAUUGUUUUAUUUUUAUUUUCAUUUUUACUGGAUUGUGUUCUGGACAGAAUAGAAGCUACACUGAGAGCCUCUAUGACAACGUUUUAACCAACUAUAACCGGUUCGUCAGGCCAAAUGAAAACCAGUCGGAAAGUACCAAUGUCGAUGUGAGUUUUUUUAUGCUAAGUCUAAAGGAUUUUGACGAAGUGACUGGAAAAUUCUCAGUCGUUGGCUAUUUCAAUCUGUUCUGGAAUGACCCGAGAAUGGCAUGGACUCCAGCAAACCAUGACAACGUUGAUAAACUUUAUAUUCCACAGAGUUUGGUAUGGAAACCGGAACUAACCUUAGUGAAUGCGUAUCAAUUCAUCAGGACAGUCGGGUUUGACGAUCUGCCAAUAUUGUAUUAUUCUAAUGGAACAGCGAGAUGGAUGGUGGGCGAAGUAAUGGAUACAACCUGUGACGUGGAUGUGACGUAUUUCCCGUUUGACAAACAGACAUGUAAACUUGAAUUUGCAGCUUGGGGUUACACCUCAAGUCAGUUAACAUUUCAAGCAACACAAGAAAAUAUUGAUUUCACACAAUUUUCGGAGAAUGUGGAAUGGCUUAUCACUAAAACAAAUGGAUACGGACUUGCGUCACGUGAGCACGCGUUCAUUGUUUACGAAGUGACGAUGGAAAGAAGGUACACAUUCUUCAUUGUCAAUGUGUUCAUCCCAGUAAUUAUGUUGACUCUUUUGAGCAAUAUGGUGUUUUUAUUACCAGCUAAUUCGGGUGAGCGUGUUGGAUACAGUGUCACGUGUCUUCUCGCCGUGUCUGUGUUUCUGACCAUAGUUUCAGAUACGUUACCGAAAGCUUCUAAUCCGGUGUCCGUUUUGACGUUUUUUCUGAUGUGCGAUUUCGUCGUGUCAACUUCAAUCUGUAUAUUCACUAUAUUAGGUCUUACACUUCAUCACAAAGACGUCACGAAGCCAGUACCUAGGUGGGUGCGACGCGUCACGGACUGUUUCACGUGUAAGAUAUGUGUUUCACAUAAACACCAUCGACAUAUCACGAGAGUUCGGGAAGCCGAGGAAAACGGCGGCGAUGACACUAUCCGAUCAGAACAUACUUCAUCGAAAUCAACAAAUGAUAUUCACGUGAUGGUUCAAAUGGCCCAAUCAGACAGAAUGAGUAAUAGCCCUGAGUUGACACCAAGAUCAAAAUCCAAAGGAAACCAUUUACACGUGUCACGUGAUAGAAAAAUUCUUCCAGUUCCAAUUGAACCGGAACAGGAACAGGAACAGGAAGAGGUUACGGAGGAUGAUCUAGAAGUAUAUACGUGGAAAACUGUGGCAAAUAUCUAUGACAAAGUUUGUUUCAUUCUCGGGAUUUCGGUCGUUCUGAUCCUCAUGGUAGUUUACACAAUGUUUACAAAUCUUGUUUAAAAUUUGACGUCGUCUGGGAUGUUUUUCGCAAAUAUAGAGUGAACUGUAAUUUUUAAAUGGUACUUGAAAUUUCAUCUGCAUGGAAAAAUGCUAAAUUUCCAAGCAUAAAUCACUGACAUUUCAGAUAUUUUUCGCCCCACAUUUUAAUGGCAAUCUCGAAAAUGGUUUAUCAAGGCACCUAGAUUGUUAUUUAAGCAUUCAGCUGCUUUCAUUUGGAAGUUAUGGGCUGAUGAAUGCCAACUGGACAAAGGCAAAUUCAACAUGAAGCGCGUAGUUGGCAUUCAUCAGCCCAUAACUU